CUUGGACACCAUCCCAUUCCCAGGCAACUAGCAAGCGUCCCAGGUUCCAGCUAGCUACGAGCAAAGAACCGAGAGCCACGAGCUAGCCAUGGCGACGAGGCUGGCGCUCGCGGCCAUGGCGGCGCUGCUGGUCGGCGUGGCGGCGGCGGACGUGGGCUCCAUUAUCACGCAGGACGUGUACAACAGCAUGCUGCCCAACCGCGACAACUCCAUCUGCCCCGCCAACGGGUUCUACACCUACGACGCCUUCAUCCAGGCCGCCGGCGCCUUCUCAGGGUUCGGCACCAGCGGCAACAGCGACGAGGACAACAGGCGCGAGCUCGCCGCCUUCUUCGGCCAGACCUCCCACGAGACCAACGGCGGAGCUGCUGGCCAGUACACUUGGGGGUACUGCUUCAAGGAAGAGAUCAACAAGGCGACGUCGCCUCCCUACUACGGACGAGGACCCAUCCAAUUGACAGGGCAGACCAACUACCAGCAGGCCGGGGAUGCGAUCGGCGCGGACCUGGUGGGCAACCCAGACCUGGUGUCGACGGACCCCGUGAUCUCGUUCAAGACGGCCAUCUGGUUCUGGAUGACGGCGCAGUCGCCCAAGCCGUCGUGCCACGACGUGAUCCUGGGCAACUGGACGCCGUCGAGCACCGACGCCGCGGCGGGGCGGGUGCCCGGCUACGGCGUGAUCACCAACAUCAUCAACGGCAGGUUCGAGUGCGGCGUGGGGACCAACGACGCCAACGUCAACCGCAUCGGCUACUACCAGCACUACUGCGACAUGCUAGGCGUCGGCUACGGCGACAACCUCGACUGCUACUCCCAGCAGCAUUUCUGAUCAUUCAACAUGAUCAGCUAGCUGCUCGACAGUUAUUACUAUACAUCAUCUGUGUGCGAUCUGUGAAUAAGUGGCACAUGCAUGCGCCAUCUUUUAGUUGAAUAAUAAUAAUUUCGUCGUUGAUAUAUAUCACAGAUAUAUAUGAUUUACUUCACCCGCUC